AUGGAGGAUCUAACAGCGUAUGCGCCGGGAGCUGCUGCUGGCGGCGGUGAAGCUACUCCCCACCGUGCCGACACUGGCGCUCCUGUUGCUGCCCCGGUCGCCCCCAGGGAACCGGAAGAAGAAGUAGGCUGUAGCAGCCAAAGCGCCGCGAGUGACAGCGAGAAGCUUGACGACAGCGAGGACGAGGACUUCACCCCCGACUCACAGGCAUCUAGUGACGACGAAGAGCCCCUUACAGCUGAGAGCGCAGGUAGUGGAGAGGAGGACACUGCUGCUGAGGGUGACGAGGACAUUAGUAUCUAUUUGAUGGACCAGGAUCUUCGUGGCCAAGUUACCUCCAUUCUUCUAGCUGAUGCGUGUGGGAAUCGCUGCGUGGAGAGCAAGACUAAGCAGCUGGAGUUGCUGCUCUGCUCGCUGUCCACAAUGACGAAAACGGCGAAGCCCAUCAGCCUCUACACGCUGUUGGGGGCACUGAUGCAGGUGCCUGUCGAUCGUGUCCGUGGGUAUGGACUUCGGGAUAAGUUCGCAUACUAUCUUCCUUUCGUGGGUAAGGUUUGUCGCCCACGUUUGCUCGCUGCUACGGUGUGGUCCCCCACUGUUCAACGAUACAAAAUCCACGUCCGUGACGGAAAUAUUGGAACGAAGAGUCAUGGGAACACUUAUAACCAGAACGCAGCGGCUGUUGAUCUGGUCUGGUUAGUGAAGUGGUUUAAGGAGUUUGCAGAGGAGGUUGGAGAGGUUGUGCCGGUGAGAGUUCGAAUGCAGAAGAUCAAGGAUGGCGUCACGAAGAAAUAUUACAGCAGCGAGAUGUACAUGCUACUGCCCGCGCACUUCACAUGGAAUGUUUUGUACGAGGAGAUGCACAGCUUCGUGGAGCAGAUUCGCCUGCGCGUCCGAGAGCCUGCACCCUCAACGAUGAGGAAGCUACUGACGCUCCAUUGUCCGACCAUUCGCAUUCGGUCGCCAAGGAGCAACGUGUGUGAUAUCUAUUCCAUCUACCAUACAAGCAUGCGCAACGACGUCAGUGCAGAAAAAACCGAGGCGCCUGGCAGACACACGGAGUCCGCUCGCAAAAUGCGCCGUGAAUACAAGAAGGACAAGACUUCAUGGUAUUUUUGUUCACUGUUGUACGUCAGUUGCUUCGGCAUUUUCUGCGAGAACGACGGUAUUCAAACCAACUACCUCUACGAUGAAACAGCGAGUGGAAAAGGCAGCGACCAGAUCAUCUCCAUGCUAGAACAUUUUCUCCUGACCAAGGUUCUGUCUGAAGGCAAGAAUAGAUUGACUGUUUACGCUGACAAUUGCUCGGGUCACAACAAGAACAACUACGUCAUCAAGUUCUUGUUGGCGCAAGUGGACAUGGGGCUGCUGAAGCACGUAGACUACAAGUUCUUUGUAAAGGGCCACACGAAUAACUCGUGCGAUCGAGGUUUCGGUCAUAUUCGCAAGCACGUUGCGAAAGAAGAUUGCUAUACUGUGGCUCACGUAGUGGACGCUGUUAAGGAAGCUGCGGCGAACUCUGUGACGGUCCACAUUUCACGUGGUAGCUUGCAGUUUAAGACGUACAAGGGCGUGCUGACGGAUCUGUACAAACGCCUAGAACGCAUUCAGCAAUAUCAGAUCUUCUCCAUGGACGAAGUGUCGAUUGGAGUAGUGUCGUGUAGGAAGGAACCUAGCGAUGAGCCCGUCGAGAUGAAUCUCCGGCCUUUUUGUUUGACGCAGUCUCAUAUCAGUUUACGCUGCUGGUACUGA